AUGGCUGAUUGGCUAUUUGGAAAUUCCGAAACCGGAAUGCAAGUUACUCUUGGAACUCUUCGUGUUGCCGCAAUUUUUUUAAUUGCCGCUUUACUAUAUAGAUAUACACCCGUUGGUCCUUGGAUUCGUGAGCACCUUCGUGGCAGAACAAAUAGAAGAAGGAGGAGGGCCAUGGAUGAAGUUUCAUUGUAUACAGAAGAAACAGAUAGUAUAUUUUCGGAUGACACAUCCAGCUAUAUAUCCUAUCAAUCUAUAUAA